UCUCCUAGAUUCUAGAUAAAACUUAUAUAGUUAAAGUUAAACUUGUAUUUUAGUGGAAGAACGUGAUUGGCGAUUGGGCAGGUGAUAUUUAGUUAUGUAAUAAAUCGCCUGCCGGAUAGAUACUAAGAGCGGACAAUCACUAAAAUAUUGGUAAAUGUAGGAUAUCUUCUUAAUCUAAUAAGGAAUUGCCUUCUUGGUUUCCGACGAUCGCUAUUAGAGGAAAGAAAGCACAAUGAUUUUAGUUUCAAGCAUUCUCUUGUGUCUUGUGUACAGUGUUGUUGGGGAAACAGGACAAAGAUGCACGAAUUCUCCGAUAGAUAUUGCCAUUGCACUAGAUACAUCUGAUAUCGUGACCAAUAGCCAUUUUGAGGCGGAGAAAACUCUGACGAAAGAAAUAGCUUCCAACAUUUUUAAUCAAGACAACAGAUUGGCACUGGUAACAUUUGCAGAACAAGCAACCAUCCAGUUUAACUUGGAUACAUAUAAAUCUUUAAAUGAUUUAAAUCUAGCAAUCGAUUUUAUGUGGCGGGCAACUGGACAAAGUCGUUUGGAAGAAGCAAUAAACUAUUCGUUGAUACAUGGUUUUACCGGACGCAAUGCUACAAGACAAAGUGCUCCGAAAUUUCUUAUCGUUGUUUCACACUCACGAACAUUGAAUGAUACACAGUUUAACAGGAUAAGUGAUAAACUACAGGAGAACAUGGUUGAACUUCUUUUUCUAGAUAACCAAAGUAGCUCAACUGUACAGAAAUCAAAUAUAAAGAUACAACCAUCCCCAACUACCAGUACUGUAGCAAAUAUCACAAAAGAUGUUAUAGAUAUAUUAUGCAAAGGAGCUGGCGUUUUAAAACCUUGGACACAAUGGAGUGCAUGUGGCAGAACAUGUGGAACAGGCAUCAGACGAAGGUUCAAAGAGUGUGUAAAGAGACGUGAAAAUGAUACCUGUCUUGGGAAGAACUUAGAAACCGAAAAAUGCACGAUGCGGCAGUGCACAGAUAGUAUCGACGGAGGAUGGACGUAUUGGACAGAGUGGUCGAAAUGUACCAAAACAUGCGAUUCCGGAAAACAGACUAGACAACGGUAUUGCAGUGCACCAGUACCAGCAAAUGGUGGGAGCUUUUGCAAAGGACCAAGAUCACAACAGAGAAAUUGCUCCGAUUGGAAAUGUCCAGACUGCUCAUUUGUAUGUGGUAAAGACGCUACAUUAUCUUCCAAAUGUGAUGUAUGUUUAUGCAUCAAUACAACUCUCUUAGUGAAAGUGAAAAGCAACACAAACGUUCCGUUGGAAACUGUAGAAGUACAUAUUUUAUCCAUAUCACGUAAACGGCUUGGCGUCACAGACAGCAAUGGAACAUUUCUGGUGAAAAAUGUAUGUUUGAGAAAUGCGUCAAUAAUACUGCACAAGGAUGGGUAUGUCGAUGAGACCAUCAGCGUGAAACAAGAAAAUAACAUAAAUUUGAACAUAACACAGAAGAUUUACAGGAUGGUUUCUCCAAUGAUAUUGAAGCAUCCGGAAAACAAAGUCAGAGUGAUUAAUCAAAACGCAACAUUAUGUUGUAUAGCGACUGGGAGACCGAAACCGGCAUCAGUUCAUUGGUUUAAGGACGGUAUUGAAUUGCCAAAUGCCAACAAGUUACUAGUUCUCACAAAUAUAAGUCUAUCUGAUGCUGGUGUUUACAGCUGUACUGUAGAAACAGAAGCCGGAAUUGUGAAAUCAGAAGAAGCAUCAUUAAAAGUGGUCGCAAUCGCAGACAAACAAUGUUCCAAUCCCCUUUUGUAUUCACGCAAACUGCCAACCAGUUGCUAUGCUGAACAAAAUGGGUCAAACGUGACAGUAGUAGAUAUCGGGAAAUGUAGUAGGGAGCACUGUCAGUCAAAAGUAUUUACAGAUGAAGAGACAUGCUCGGAUAAAGAAAGUAAUUACUGCUGCGAAGAAAACCAAACUACAGAGAUCGAAGUAUUUUGUCCAGGAUUCUCUUAUAAACUUAAACGUAUAAAAUCAUGUGCAUGUAAAAUAUGCAUGAUUUCUUCGACUGUUGAAGGUUCAGCAUACGGAAAGCAUGAAAAUGGAUCUAAAAUUCCGUUCGCAUAUGGGUUCCUGUACAUUGACGGGAAAAAAGCGGCGGUCACGAAUGAAAGAGGGUAUUUCCACUUUGAAUUGCUACGUAGUAAAACAAGAGCGAUAGUGUAUUUUGUUGACGAAACAUUUUACAUGUUUGUACCGACAACAAAAAUAAUGGUCGCACAACGUGAUAGCACUUCGUUUGUGACUGUUGUUUUACCGCUUAAACCGAAUCCAAUCAAAUUUGACAGCCAUCUUGGAAUAAGUAUAAGUUUAGGAGGUUCUAACAAUCUUCCACCAGUCGGUGGAAUAACUAUCCCAGAACAUGCUCUGAUAACUUCAGAUGGAAUGAAUUACACCGGUAAAGCAAAGGCAACUGUUCAUUUCAUGGAUCCAAGAAAGCUGUCCGAUCUUGAAGCCUCAAACGGUAAUUUUGUCUAUAAUACUCCAGAUGGGUCGACAGGACCUCUUGAAACAUUUGGAAUGUUUCGUACAACUGUUGAGGACGACAAGGGAUUUCCGCUUAAAGUUAAAAAGAAAUUGCAAUUUAAUCUCGAUGCUUCAAUAUUCAAUGUGUCGUUUAAAGACGAUGGCUCUCCAGAUUUGGCGUUAUGGAAUUACGAUAUUAACAAUGGCAUUUGGGUUGAAACAGCAAAAAUGAUGCUUUCCGAUUCAAAUUUUGCAACUGGUAGGAGAAAGCUUUUAGCGAAUGUUUUGGUUGGUGAAUAUGAGGUUCAAGAAAUAGACCACAUUGAUUUAACAGAAGACACACCUGUUAUGGAAAGGGUUAUCAUAGGAUAUACAAACUGUGAUCAUAGUGUACCAAUUUAUGGCGAUAGGAUUGUGAAACAUGAUAGUAAGACUAAACGAAAUGCUUGUUACCUAAGCGUUUCUGUGUACUCCGACCUUACAUUUAGAGAAAGAUCCGCUGGUGGAACAAAUAUAGUAGCAAUUACUCAAGAAAUGUACGGCCAAAAAUUCCAAGGCAUGGACAGUAAAACGACGGACACAAAUGGGCAUGCAUGUUUGAGUGUUUUCUGCGAUUCUAAAGUGUAUGUUUAUGCAGAGAAUAAAAUUGAUGGUAGUAGACUUUAUGCAAGUCAAUCGCAUGACCUCCCAGUGUGGUACGAAAACUUUAAUAACACGAAAAACAACACAGAAGUAGAGAUUUUCUCGUAUGAUAUCGACGAUAUUACCGAGAAUGGAAAAACACGUUACAGUCCCUUUGUAUCAUUCGAAGAUUUUUCCAAAUGUAAUGAAGAAUUCGAGAAGAGUUAUAAAUUUCAGUUUGCAUACAAUUCUAUACCACAUGCACUGACGACAACAAUAAGUAAAGAUACUUUCGACAAUGCAUUAUCAUGGUACCCCGUAUCUCCCGAGAAACCAUACGGAAAAUCAUGUUUUAUCAAGGUUGCAAUCAAAACUGAUGAUAACGACGCAAGGUUUAUAGCGCAAAGCUACCAGAACAAAAUUGAAAAUAGCAAGCAAUAUGGGACAUAUGAAGUUAGCCCGACGUUUGAUGUUAGUUCCCCUGAUAAAACUCAGAAAGCUGCUUGCAUAGAAUAUCGAUGUGCUGGACAGUUUGCUGAAAACGGGACGAUCAAGUAUAAUGCAAAAACUAUCGUAGACAUUAAUUUGAUUUCCACUAGAAGCUGUACGAUAAGAAUUUUGACAAAAGCUUCCAACAUGUCAGUCAAAAAGAAUAACAAGGGGUUUACGUUUGUUGCUGAUCCUUCAAGGAAUUAUGGCCCUGACUUUGGUAUAUAUGUUGGCAAUGGAAAUGCGGACAAAAUAAGUAGUUUUUGUGCAAGUGGCAUUGAUUCAGGAGCAGUUGAAAAAAUAAUGAAACCGUAUAAAAACACGGCUGUCGAGUUUUCAUGUACAUAAACUCGGUUGGCUUCAUCUAUCAUAGAUUUUUAUUUACUAGAAUUUUUUAAUUUUCUUUAUUUUUGAAAAGACAAUUUGAAGUUAAAUACAUGUAAUAUUUUGUCAAUUGCUUCAUCGUCACGCAUAUUCUGAUUUAAAAUUGCUUCUUUCGCGACGCAUAUUAUAAGGAUUUUGCCUAUUGGUAAUGUUUUGUUUGCUGUAUAUAGUCUGUGUAAGCAUUUUUUUAAUAUAUUUAGUAUUUUUACAAGUUUAAAGCUUUUGUGUUUGCAAGUGUCUUUAAAUUAUCGGCUACUAUAUUGUGGUCAUAUCCAUACAAACAGACUCGUUUAAAUCAAACAUUUGCACGUUCCUUUUCAUUCUGUGAUCUAGAAAAUACUAAUUAUUGUUUUUGAUAUGACCAUAAUUGUGUUUUAAGUAUUUAAUAAAAAUAAACAUUAAAAUGUUUUGAUGUCGUGUUCAUCAUAUUGGGACAGAGAAGU